GCGGUCUUGCUGAUCCCCGGUUAGGUACUAUGGAACGAGAGAUGAAGUGCCAGAGUUGCCACGGAAGCUCGAAGGAUUGUCCGGGUCAUUUUGGGCACAUAGAGCUGGCGAAACCUGUGUAUCAUGUCGGGUUUAUUAAGACAGUUGUGCAGAUCAUGCGAUGUGUUUGCUUUCACUGCUCUCGGUUGCUAGCAG